AAGAUUCAAAUUUAUUUGAAGAAUAAGAAUGCUCAACGGGGGUAACUUUGUGCAGGUCUUCACGUGUUACUCGAAAACAGAGUCUACAGUGCCAGUGUAACGUUCCACCAAAAUAAGCCAAUUCCGAAGCAAAUCUCACUCCUCACAUCUCUCACCACUGAUAAACUUAUCGACAGACGAGAGCUGAAAAACAGUAGAAGACAAGAAUGGCUUCACUCUGCACCACACUUCUCUUUUGUCUUCUCCUAAUCCUAUCUUUAGCAGCAUCCACAGAGACGCAUCGUAUUCCCGGCUUCCUCUACACUCGCAGCAGAGGAAGAUGCACCGCACAGUUCUGGAGCGGGAGGAGGGAGGCGUGGCCGAGGAUGGUUCCGGAGACGUCGACGGUGUCGAACGUGUUCGGGUCUCGGGUGUACGAACACUACAGAUCGGAUCUGACAUUGAUUGAAGCCGCGGCGAGGAACGACGAGGAGAGUAACGCGUUCGGAGGGUUGGUGAAGGAGGGAACCGCAGCGUUGCUUAACUCGUAUGCGAGGGAGGGUUUUCCUUACAAACCCUGGCAGGUUAAGACUUUGGUGAUAAAAGCGUUGGUGUCCCAAGCUGCAGCUGCAUCUCAAGCCAAUAACUUCUUGUUGGCUAACCAGGCUUGCUCCUAAAACCUAAUCUACUUUAAUCUAAUCUAAUCCUAACUCACUUUAUCAUAUAU